UUUCGGCGCCAGUUUUCGGAAAACAAGUGGACAUGUCUUGAGUCUACCCACAGUUUCUCUCCCAAACCCUCCUCUACUUUUACGAUCUUCUUCUUCUUCCUCUUCUUCUUUUUCUUCACACCGCUACUCUUCUUCCUCCCAAUUUCUCUCCUUUUCUCCUUUUUUAUUCUUUCAUGGCGCGUGGUAGAAAGCGGCGCCGACCGGAGGGUAUGGAAACUGAAAGGCAUGUAGGAAUUACUGAACCCAAGGGCUGGGUUGGCGAUGGAGGGACUGAAGUUGGAGUAAUUGAUAAGGGUUUUUUAGGCGACGGUGAGAACGGGGUGCAAUGGGUGACCAAGAUGGAAGAGGGGGAUGGAGGGUUGGUUUCAGCAAGUAAAGAUGGGGAAACCCUGCAGCGGAAUGAAGGUGAGGACAAUGGUGAGGAGGAGAAGGGCUUUGUUGGUGGGGAAAACGGGGAAUUGGAAUGUGAGGCUUCUAUUCAAAGUCCGUCGAGGAGUUUGAGAAAGAAAGCUAGAGUUUCGUACAACGAGGAGGUUUAUGAGUUUGAUGAGGAUGAUGUAGUGGAGAUUCCUUUCAAGAAGCCUGGGCGGAGGGGUAGGAAAAAGAAGGAAUUUUCUUCGAAUCGGAUUGUAUCAGAGGAUGAUGUAAAACGGAGUCCUGUUGAAGAAGAAUAUAGUGUUAGGGACAAACAAUCUGGCGUUUCUGGAAGUCGGAGAGGUAGAAAACGCGGUGGAAGACAUGCUUUAACAAGGGAAUUUGUUGUUAAACCGGAGAGCGAGAAGAAAAUCAAUAAACUCGAUCCAGAAUUCAUCGCGAAUAUAUCUUUAAUGUGUCAUCAGUGCCAGAGGAAUGAUAAAGGCCGUGUGGUACGGUGUACUAAUUGUAAUAGGAAGCGAUAUUGUCUCCCUUGUUUGCAGAAUUGGUACCCUUAUACAUCAGAAGAGGCAAUUGCAAAAUCUUGCCCUGUUUGCUCUGGGAACUGCAAUUGUAAAGCAUGUUUGCGUUUAGAUGUUCCUGUUAAAAAUUUGAAGAACAUGGAACCAGUAGACACUGGUGAAAGCGAGGUUGAUCAUGCAAAAUAUGUACUACGUAAACUUCUACCAUUUCUAAAAUGGCUAAAUGAAGAACAGAUGUUGGAGAAAAGACAUGAGGCUACAAGGCUAGGUUUGCCCCUUCAGGAUCUGAAGGUGAAGAAGGUAAAAUGUGAAGACAAUGAAAGAAUGUACUGCGACAUCUGUAGAACAUCAAUUUUUGAUUUUCAUCGAACGUGUGUUUCUUGUUCCUUUGACCUUUGUAUCAAUUGUUGCCGGGAAAUCCGUGAAGGAGACAUGCGGUGUUGUGAGAAAAAAGAGAUAAUACCAUAUAUUAAUCGAGGGUUUGAGUACUUGCAUGGUGAAGGGCAUAAACAAGUAAAAAGAGGAAAAACCAAAGUGCUUGCUGAGUCUUGUCCUACAGAUGACAUAGAAUCAGGAUUCAUAUGGAGAGCAGAAAAAGAUGGAAGGAUUCCUUGCCCGCCAUCCAACUUGGGUGGUUGUGGUAAUGGUUUUCUAGAGUUAAGAUGUAUAUUGAAAGACUCAAUCUCUAAAUUGGUGGAUGAAGGAGAGGAAAUUGCCAGAACUCACAAGAUAAUGGAUGUGGAUGAAACUGCAGGAAAGUGGUGCUCAUGCUUUAACUCGGCUGGUGAAAUUAAUCUUGAGAGUGGUAUGUUGAAGAAAGCUGCUUCUAGACAAGGUUCAAGUGAUAAUUAUUUAUAUUGUCCUAGGGGCAGGGAUAUUCAACCUGGAGAGAUAAAGCAUUUUCAGUGGCAUUGGAGCAAAGGUGAGCCUGUGGUUGUAAGCAAUGUUCUUGAAACUACAUCAGGUUUGAGCUGGGAACCCCUUGUCAUGUGGCGUGCCUUCCGUCAAAUUACGCAUACAAAACAUGGUCAACAGUUAGAAGUCAAGGCCAUCGAUUGCUUAGAUUGGUGUGAGCUUGAUGUCAAUAUCCACAAAUUCUUUAUCGGUUAUACAGAUGGUCAGUUUGAUGCAAAAUUGUGGCCUCGGAUACUGAAACUCAAGGAUUGGCCCCCAUCUAAUCAUUUUGAGAAAUGUUUGCCCCGUCAUAAUGCUGAAUUUAUCAGUUGCUUACCUUUUAAGGAAUAUACACAUCCUUCUAAAGGCAAUCUAAAUCUUGCUGUUAAAUUGCCGGCUGAAUCUCUGAAACCCGAUAUGGGACCCAAGACAUAUAUUGCAUAUGGAGUUACACAAGAGCUUGGUCGUGGGGAUUCAGUUACCAAGCUUCACUGUGAUAUGUCUGAUGCUGUAAAUGUUCUUACUCAUGUUACCAAUGUCACACUUAAGCCUGAGCAUUUACAUAUUAUUGAAGAAUUAAAAGCAAAACAUCUUGCACAAGAUCAGGAAGAAAUUUAUGGUGCUAUGACCGAUAAUAAUAUUGUCGAUGGAGAUGGGGGCAAGUUUUCCAAUGACCCCUGUAGCACGACUGAAAAUGGAAAGGAACAUGCUUGUGAUGUUGGUCAACAAAACAAUAAUGCAGUCUUGGAUGAUGCAUCUAGCUCUAAGAGAGGCGAUGAGGACGAGGGCAAUCUUCGAAAUUUGAAUGAACCUGACACUGUCCCUGAUGAGUCUGUAAAAACAAAUCUAGCUGAAGGAAAUUGUAGUGAAGCGAAAAUCUCAGAAGAAAUGGAAAGUUGGGAGGCAUCAGAUGGUGGUGCACUGUGGGACAUUUUUCGUAGGCAAGAUGUCCCUCUACUGCAGGAGUAUCUCAACAAGCAUUUCAGAGAAUUUAGACACAUUCAUGCCGGUACUGUUCCACAGGUGUUUCAUCCUGUGCAUGAUCAGUCAUUUUAUUUGACUUUGGAACACAAAAGAAAGCUCAAGGAGGAAUAUGGAAUUGAACCUUGGACAUUUGUCCAAAAUCUCGGUGAUGCUGUCUUUAUUCCUGCUGGUUGUCCUCAUCAAGUCAGAAACUUAAAGUCAUGCAUAAAGGUUGCUAUGGACUUUGUGUCACCUGAGAAUGUUGGAGAGUGCAUCCACUUGACUGAAGAAUUUCGCAGGCUUCCAUCAAAUCAUUGGGCUAAGGAGGACAAGUUGGAGGUCAAAAAAAUGAGUGUCUAUGCUAUGAAAGCGACAAUUGAUUGUUUGAAUGGAAAGAAGGAAAAAAAGGAAAUUGAUUGUUUGAACGGAAGGAAGGGAAGGAAGGGAAGGAAGGGAAAGAGGGGAAGGAAGGGAAAGAGAAGUGAUGCAGACUGACCAAGAUUUGCCUAAUUUAAGAGAUUUCUUAUGAGCCUCAGGGGUGGAGACUCUGCGGAAGGUAUCAGUUGGUAUAAGAAAUGGUUUCGUCCUCAGCCAUUUGUGAUGCUAACUAUUUUGUAGAAAUAGAACUAUGCCCCAUACAUUUUGUACAAUGAUUCAUUGGCCCUUUUGCUCCCAUGUAUGAUAUAGUUCAACAGUUAACUUAUGCCGCAAUGUCAUUUAUCAGCGAUGUGAAUUCCAUUAUCGCUUUCGAUCUUUUUUGGCAUUUUUUGUAUAGUAACAUUACUCUGCCAUAAUGGGAAAGUCAAUCCUCAAGCAUGUAUGUUUUGGAAAGUUCA